CAUUUGUCAUUUAUCAUUUCUCAAUAUGGCGUCGACACUUUAAUGUUGUGCUUCAUCUAUGGUCACUUGUUCGUGUGUUUAAAGAGCAGCAAAUAACGCGAAAUCCCGCCAGUUUAAUUAUACUAGCCACGAAUCAACCAUAUUACUGCUUUUGAGUAGAGUUCGGUCUCCAUUGUCUAUAUAAACCAGCUGGCUGUAAAAUGGCCUAGAUGUGAACGACAGUCAAGCAUUGUAGUUUUCCCAAUUUAGUUUCCCAUCCUCGUGCGUGAAAUUUUUAAGUAGAAACGGAAAAUGAUGGAAUUUUCUCAGCCUCCGCCCAAUCUUUCCAUGCCGCCCCCCAAUCUCGCGGCCCCGCCACCGGGAGUGGGCAUUCCCAUGCAGCACAAUAUGGGAUACAACCAUAAUAGGCAACCAUUUCGACCUUUUAUGAAACCCUUGCCAGGUCCGUUGGGAAACAUGACCCUGGAGGACUUCGAUGGAAAGCGCCUCAGGAAGUCAGUUAUGCGUAAAACUGUGGAUUACAACUCGUCUGUUAUCAAGGAACUGGAAACUAGAAUAUGGCAGCGAGACUACCGGGAUAGGCGAGCCAUGCAGCCAGAUGCUAUGUACUAUCCAGACCUGAUGCCGCCCCCGUCUUAUCCGGAUAAUCCCAUCAACUGUGUUACUACACGGUUUGUGAAAACUGCCACCAACAAGAUGAGGUGCCCGAUUUUCUGCAUGGCGUGGACCCCGGAAGGCCGAAGGCUGGUUACUGGAGCCAGCUCAGGAGAGUUCACUCUUUGGAAUGGUCUCACUUUUAAUUUUGAAACUAUUUUACAAGCGCAUGAUAGUCCAGUGAGAACGAUGGUUUGGAGCCACAACGAUAGCUGGAUGGUAACCGGCGACCAUGCAGGUUUCGUGAAAUACUGGCAGUCGAACAUGAACAACGUAAAAGUCUUUCAGGCGCAUAAAGAGGCCCUCCGCGGUAUAAGCUUUAGUCCUUCCGACAACAAGUUCGUGACGUGUUCAGACGAUGGUACCCUUCGAAUAUGGGACUUUUUCCGGUACCAAGAAGAGCGAGUUUUAAGGGGUCACGGAGCUGAUGUGAAAUGCGUGCACUGGCACCCUCAAAAGAGCCUUAUCAUUUCCGGCAGCAAAGACAACCAACAACCGAUCAAGCUGUGGGACCCGAAGAGCGGCCAAUCUUUAGCGACGUUACACGCUCACAAAUCCACUGUGAUGGACUUGAAAUGGAACGCCAAUGGAAAUUGGUUGAUAACCGCAUCCAGAGAUCAUCUUCUCAAGCUGUUUGACCUGCGGAAUCUUAGCCAAGAAGUGCAGACGUUUAGAGGGCACAAGAAGGAGGCUUCUAGUGUUGCCUGGCACCCGAUUCAUGAAGGACUUUUUGCUAGUGGAGGAUCGGAUGGAGCAAUAGUUUUUUGGCAUGUUGGAGCUGACAAAGAAGUGGGAGCAAUAGAGCAGGCUCAUGAUAGUAUCGUCUGGACCCUCGCCUGGCACCCUCUUGGCCACAUUUUGUGUUCCGGAUCAAACGAUCACACUAGCAAGUUUUGGACGCGCAACCGGCCGGGAGAUCAAAUGCGCGACAAAUACAACCUUAACACCCAACCAAAUGGCAUUGCCGGAUUAGAGGAUAUGGAUCUGGGAGAUGAGCAAAACAACUCGAUGAUCCCUGGAAUGGGUCCAGAGGACAAAGUGGAAAUAACCGCGUUGAUUGGCGAUGAAAACACUGCCAUUCCUGGAUUGGAUCUGGAUUCCGGCCUUUUAGUCAACGAGGAGAGGGCCAAACCCAAGAAAGUGCCCUUUAGCAAGCCAAUUCCCAGGAACUUUCAAGCUCAAUGGAACGAAGCAACCAGUGUUGAAACUACCCCUGGAGUGGUCCCAUUGGAGAAAAUCUGCCCCAACGCUAUUAUCGUCUACGGGAAGCUUAUUCCAGUGGAACCUGGCUCCAAGUUAGAAAAGGCAAUUUCUGAAGGCCCAGAAGUUCUACAGCGGUACAUCGACUCGGGGGCUAUUGAAGAGCUUCAAGACGUAAUCCCUAUCAGGGAUCCAGAUGAAGAUGACUACUUGCGAGACACAAAUCACGAUGAGAUCGAGAACAUGCACAAUAUGAACAGAAGCAGCAACGACAUGGACAAUCACAGUCAGUAUAACGACGAGGAUUUCCGGGGCAUGGAUCACGAUAUCCGGGGUUUCAAUGCGACAGGAGAGUCUGAUAUCAGACCGUUUGGUGGUGACACGGACUUCAGGAGCCAUUCCGACAUGGAUUUCCGAUCAAAUCAUGACUUUGAUCACAGAAAACCGCUUCCGUUCCGAUCAGGUCCCAUUCGUCCAAUGUCUGGACGUCCAAUCACAUAUGGCGUAAAUGAAAUGGACGGCCCAGUUGGUCUGGACAGUCCAAUGGGUGGAAGAUUGCCACCUUUUGGUCCGAGCCCUCCCAUGGGACCAGGAAGAUCAAUGGGGGGCGCAACCGGUCCGGAUGGACGGCGCGGACUGUUGGGGCCCCCCUUGCGAGGCCCGAGAAGUGGGUUCGAUAGUUUCGGCGAUGAAGAUUUUCGGCCCAAUUCGCGGUCGUUGGAAUUCAUUGAACCGUUUGAUCGCGACGAUGAGUACGACGACAGCAAUUAUGAAGAUGAUUAUAAUAAUGAAUUUUACGACGAAGAACCGUCGAACAACUCUAACAAUUGGCAGCGGAAUGGAGGCAACUUCCAAAGUGUGGGCUUCAAUCAAAGAAGCGGCGGAAGUUCGUCCAAUGAAAACUGGAACAAUGCACCAAGUCAGAACUUCCGACCUCAUGGAGGUAGAGGUGCGAGAGGCGGGGGAGGAGGAGGAGGAGGAAAUUCUGGAAAAAGCAGAAAAAGUAGAAAAAGUGGAAUAAGUGGACGGGGACGGAGUGCACGAAUAACCAGCGCAGGCCGACGUAGAACACCUCGCGGAGGUCGCGGCCGAGGCGGUUAGUUGUGUUAAAAAAAUGGACAUGAAGUUUGAGACAAUCGCAGUGCUGAACUAAGUGGCCGUCCGGCUACUUGCCCGCUAACAUUAUUGUUAACUCCAAGCCACUAUUUUUAGUAGUUAUCGUUGGCUUUAAAUGGGCCGCAAACAGAUAAAUGGUAUUUCCGUUGGCCCACCCAAUGUAAUAGUUAAUCUUAGUUCAAUAAAAUCCAUUUCACAAAAAGUGCUUCAAUAAUCAAAUCGCUUAUAUUUAAACAUAGACCAACACGCUUACAAUCAUUUCGUAAAAUUACGCUUAUUCUUAUUAAAUAGACUCUCUGAAAAAUGUUUUAUAAAAACGGUUUGUUAUCUUUUAAGUUGAAAAUUGCAGCUAUCACUACUUUGUAGUUCUUAAAAUUGAAGGGACAUGUACAACUGUUACACAUCGAACAAUACACAUUACGAUUUGUCUCGUU